CGCAUCAGUCAAUUUGCGCGCCUCGUUCCGUGCGGUUGCUUUGUCAGCGCUUCGUUUCUCAGCGGGUUUUUUAACAGUUCGCUAUUUGGUUUAGACAACUCUUCGGUCUACGCUCGUUGCGUUUGCGUGUGUGUGUGCGUUUUGUGAUAUGCAAAUGAUAAUUGAAAGAGCCGCAACUAUCGCACAUAAAUUGGCAGCAAACGCGGUGCAUAUACUUAUUGGCCGACUGUGACUGGUUCUAGAGUGCCCUACAGCUUGGCCUACACUCGCGAUCCUUUACGUUUGCCCGUUGCCCUAUAGCAGGCGGCGCAGGCGUUGCCUGAUCGCGGUCUCCCGACACACAACUCCAAAAUCUGAUCGAUGAGCAGCAACUAUAAGACCCGCAGCAGCGAGGAGGCCCUCGCCGAGCAGCUGAGCCUGCCUAGAAGCGUCAAGCCCACGCCCAUCUACAAAGAGAUAUCCGGCGGCAUGGCGACACUGCCACGCCCCGACACUGAGCAGCGACUGCGCAGCGAUACGACAAAUAACACCCGCACCUGUGUCUACAUUGGCGGCGCAGGCAACGGCGUCGUUAGCAGUGCGGCUACCCUGGAUCGCCGCCAGCCGCAGCGCAUGUCCUGGCUGAAUAUGCGUCGCGCCAAGGCGGAUGCCGAACUGCCGGCCGUCACACCCUCGCCACAGACAACGCGCAGCUGCAUCUCGACGGUGUCCAGUGUGGUGGACAGCGGCGGCGGACGCACCACAGUCACCUCGGGCCGCAUCAGCUCCAGCGGCAUCAUCACGCUCAGUGGCAGCAACAACACGCUGACAGACAUACAGGGCUACCAUGAGCACGAUCUGCACGAUGGCGUCUCCAAGAACUAUUCAUCCGUCUCCGCAACAACUUCGGCUCAUUCCGCGCACAACAUUACGACGGCCAGCAAUGCGAAGCUUCUGCCCGCACCCGAGGAUGAGUCAAAUCAACAGACGAAAUGCUCGGUGUUUCGCGGCCUUGUGCUGUGCAUUUGCCUCAACGUCAGCUACGCGAAUGUGGUGCGCUUCCCACGCGAACUGGACCACUAUGGCUCUGCCUAUCUGGUGCCGUAUGUGGUGCUGCUGUUUCUAGUCGGUUUGCCCAUGAUACUGCUCGAGAUAUCGGUGGGUCAAUUUCUGGGACAGGGAGCGGCGCACACCUGGCGCGCCUCGCCCAUAUUCAAAGGGGCCUGCAUCAUCAGCCGCUUUGCAUCGUGGGUGUCGGCCAUCUGGAUAUCAUUGCAGGCUGUACUUGCGCUGGCCUAUAUAGGAAUGUUCGCCUCCAAUGGCAUACCCUUUCGCGAGUGCGUGGGCAACCUGAAGCUGAGCAUGCAUGGUUAUACGGUGACGCCCAACAGUGGACAGGAGUGCCUGCAGCAGACCUUUUUGACGCCCUUCUGGCGCAAUCCGCUCUAUUUCGGGCUGCUGGCAGCGGGUCUGAUCGGUCUCUGGAUAGUUGUCAUGUUGUGUACGCACAAUGCCAAAAUCUUGCGCCGCAGUCUAUUCGUCUAUGGCCUGGCGGGCUUAUGUCUGCUCUGUGCCUUGACUGGCUGGGAGGUGCGCAACUCCUUCUCCAGGCACUACUUUCCAGAGCUGUGGUCCUUUGACAGCGCCCAGCUGGCCGAGAGCAACAUCUGGUUCAAUGCCCUCAUGCAGGUGUUGUUCUCUGUGAAUUGUGGCUUCGGCGCGAUGCCAAUGCUGACGGGCAAGUUCCUCUACAAGGGCGAUGCAGUGCGCACCUCGGUCGUCUAUCUGUGCUUCAAUCUGCUGAUCAAUGCCAUCGCCGUGACGCUGUUCAUGGUGCAGUUCGAUUUCUCGUCCAAUGGCUUUCCGCUUAUGGAUGAGCUGAAGCCGUUGACCGCCAUCUAUGACCGCGUCCUGUACGGCGCCCAGUCGGAAAGUGAGCUGGUGCGUCAUCUGAUACCCUCACUCAUCUAUGCUCUGGUCAUACUGUCGGCACUUGUGUCCAUAACCGUUGCCGUUUAUACAUCCACUCGGCUGGUGCCCCGCCGUCCCAACUAUGUCAUUUGCCUGAUUGCUUUGGUGGUUGCCGUCAUGUCUUUUGCAGCGCCCAAGUUCCUGAUAGCCCGUGUCCUGGACUCGCGCAUUGUGGGCACUCUGGUCAUUACGGCGCUGGUCUUCGAGCUCAUUGCCAUUACGUGGAUCUAUGGCGCCAAGAAUAUCUACACAGAUUUGGAGUUCUCAAUUGGACGCCCCAUUUUCCGCGGCUGGAUGUGGCUGUGGUGCAGCUGUCCGGCCAUACUAACGGGCAUUUUGGUCUGGUGGUGCGCCGACGACGAUCAGUUUGAUCUGCUGGCGGGCUACUUGCCACGCUGGGCUCCAAUUCUAUUCGCACUGGCGGUGAUAAUGAUCAUUGCCUGCAUACAGAUCUUCCGCCAGGUGGAGUACAAUUUCUUUGGCAUGAUUUGCGAGGCGUCGAAACCAGCCAAGGAAUGGGGUCCAGCCGAUCCGCUGGCGCGUCACUCCUGGAAGCAAUGGCGUUCCGUCUGCCAGGAUACUGGACGUCGUGAUUUUACGUUGCGGCGCCGCGGCACACGCGACUACACGCACUCCAUCAAAAAGGGCCAGUAUUCAAGUGCGCAAAAGCUUGGACCCAAUGGCCAGACAACACACGCGCCGCAGACGCACUGGAAGUCGUCGACGCCGGGCAAUAGCUCGCCCAACUACAGUGGCUCCAUGUUUGGCGAUUCGGCCAUCGAGGAGGACAUCAGCGUGGACAAGUUUCCGGGCAUCACCCAACAAUAUGUGCCAUUCCAGGCCAGCGAUGGCAAGCCGCUGAGAUAUUCGCAGCGCGUACGCCAAACGGCCCAGCCGCAGACCUUGACCCGCGCGCCGCCAGGGCCGACGACGGUUGAGAAGCAUCGUGAGGUGGUGUACAUCAGGCGGCUCUCGGACGGCGGCAGCGGCAGCCACUCGACGCGCAUUGAGAUUUCGCCCUCCAACGAGUCCAUUACCUAUGGCAACGGCAAGGCCAAUGGGAACGGACAUGGGCAUGGGCAUGGGCAUGCCAAUGCGGCUGCCAUGUCCCGGAAUCCGUUGGGCCGCUCAACUGGUUGCCUGGCGCCGGCGCCGGCGUCCAAUAGCCACCACAUUAAGCGCUCUGCCAGUUCCGUGGUGAAUGUUAAUACGCACAAGCUACCUCCGCCCACGUCCGCGGCGGCUGGCGAUCACAUUUGUUGGCGCAAGUUCAAUAUUAAUCCCGAGGAGUACUCGACGGAGCUGUGAACCACGUUGGCCAGGCCCCAGACGGAAACGAAGCAUUCACAUUCAAAAAGACUUGUUGCAUCCAAAAUAAAUGUAUCUGAAUCUGUAUAGAAUUGCAAGCAGAUCUAUCUUUAAGCUACGAACUACGAACUAUGCCCAUAUGCAAAGUGUAUCUUCUAGUUAUGAACUGUACAUAUAGAGCAUUGUACCUAGUGUUUAGUUUAUGUCCACAUAAGAAAAUUUUGAUAAACACAAUUCUGUUGUCAUUCAGCCGCCACAACUAAAGAAUGUCAUAUCCCGAGGAUUACGUGUAGUUAAGCCUUAUCUUAGGAAUAUAGUAUAGAGACACAAUCAAUUUCUGAAUGCAUGUGAGUAUAUUGUAUGUAUGUGCUUGUGCAUGUGUAUGUGUGAUUUAUGUAUUUGUGCGUGUCUGUUCAACAUUUGAUUAUAUGUACUAUAUUUUAGUCUGUCCUAAUAUAUACCGUGUAGUGUAGUAUAGUAUAGUGUACGCAUCUGCGUUAAUUUGUCAAGUGAACUGCACAACGAUUACAAAAACGAUUUAAUGUAAUAAAAAA